CUCAACCAUAAACGAGCAUUUCACCCAUGGCUCUCUCAAAGCUUCUACUGGCAUCUCUUCUCCUCUCUCUUCUCCUUCUCCAUGACCUCGUCGACGCCGAUCAAGCAGUACAGGAAAGCGUUAUGCAGACGCCGGGAUCCGUGCUUCAGCAGAUAGACUGCAAAGGAGCAUGCAGUGCGAGGUGUCGUUUAGCGUCUCGGCAGAGGAUGUGCAAGAGGGCGUGCGGGACUUGCUGCCGGCGAUGCAACUGCGUCCCACCGGGCACUGCCGGCAACCAAGAAGUGUGUCCCUGCUAUUACAACAUGACCACCCACGGCGGCAGGCGCAAGUGCCCUUGAUUAUUAUAUACGCGACUCCCUCAGCUUCAUCGUUACCUGCUCCGAGCUUCUAUAUAUAAUAGAACUCUCUUGUCUUCAAUAAAUAUUCGAGCUCAAGCGCUCUCUUUCCACUGUGUGUACCGUGCGCCUGUCCUUCUCCGUUCUCCCACAGUACUUCUACCCUACAAAAUCAAUAACCAUGCACGAUGCGAGUGUGUGUGUGUGUGUGUUUUCGUAAUUAAUUUCAGUUGUUCUUGUUGUAUUUGAUCGUGUGUUGUGCUACAAAUGACAUGGAUUAAUAUUUUGUGUGUGUAUUGAAACUUCAAGUUGCCCA